AUGUUAAAAUUCUCUUUCAAAAUUAAGAAGUCCACAAAGUCUCUGUUGGUGGCGAUAUGCUCUGUUCCAGGAUGCACAUGGAGGGUCGUAGCCACUGUGAAGAAUGAUCCAAGCACUUUUUGGGUCACCAAAUAUCUGAACGUGCAUAUAUGUUCUAUUGUGGACCGCAUAGCUAACCGUAAACGUUGCACCUCAAAAUAUAUUGGGAGGCUUUUCAUCGACCGGGUAGGAAUAGUGGAUGGUGUUGUCCCACAACAUAUCGAAGAAUCAAUGAGGACAAUGUUCGGCAUGACGUUGGAUUACACCACUUUGUACAGGGCUUUACAAUAUGCACAAGAAUAUGUGAGAGGAAGUGCCGAAGACGAAUAUGCGAAGUUGCCUUACUGUCUUCAGAAAAUAGAGCAGUCAAACCGGGGAAGUGUUGUUGACCUUGUUGUUGAUGACGAGCAUAUGUUUAAGUAUCUUUUCAUAUCUUUCGAUGCUUCAAUCCGUGGUUUCAAUUACGUUAGGCGAGUUAUUGUGGUUGAUGGGACCCAUCUCACUAGCAAGUAUGAAGGUGUACUGUUAAUCGCUUGCGUACAGGAUGGUAACUUCCAGAUAUUUCCGUUGGCUUUUGGAAUUGUCGACUCGGAGUGUGAUGCUUCAUGGGAUUGGUUUUUCACCAAAUUAAGUGAGUAUAUCUCUGAUGAAUAUCCUUUGGUAGUAGUUUCGGAUAGGCACUGUUCAAUAGCUAAGGCAUGUCGCAAUGUUAUCCCAUGGGCAACACAACGGAUAUGUUAUUACCAUCUUCAACAAAACAUAAUUUCUAAUUUCAAUGGGAAGCAACUGAUGUACUUGGUGAAAGGGGCAGCAUAUGCGCAUACGCAUGAUGAUUACAACCGCUACAUGGCUUCGCUCACUAACGUAAAUCCGGCUCUUGCAGCGUACUUGAAUGAGGCAGAUCCAGCUUUAUGGUCUCGAGUUUACUGUCCAGGAGAUAGAUACAACAUCAAGACUAGCAACAUUGCGGAAUCUAUCAAAUCCAUGCUAAAGAAAGCCAAAGGUUAUCCCAUCACAUAUCUCAUUGAGUUUAUUACGGAAAAGUUAGAUAUGAUGACAGUCAAACGCAUUGAUGGUUGGCGUUUCCACGUUCGUGGUGGGCAAAGUGACUAUUUGGUUGACUUAGAAGAAAAAUCUUGUUCAUGCGGGGUGUUUGGUGUUGAGAAAAUACCAUGUUCACAUGCAAUUAAGGCUGUCAAGUCCGCUGGAUGGCAUAUGUAUACCGUGGUGGAAGCUUACUAUAGAAAAGAUUAUGUCUAUGCGUCGUACGCGGCUAACAUUAUGCCCAAUGUCGAGCACACUCCGAUUGGGCCAGAUAUCCGAUGUAUACCUCCAAUACCGAAGCGGAAACCUAAUUGGCAAAAGAAGUCUCGUUGUCUUACUCAUUGCGUUGCUGAAGACGGAGAGUAA